UUUCCCUAAUAUCCAGCCUGAUGCAACUUGAAGCCAUCACCUCUGGUCCUAUCACUGUUACCUGGGAGAGGAGACCAGCCUCUGCCUCUUGGUCAGUCCUGGCUUUUUGCUUGUUUGUUUUUAACUAUCCCUGUCUGAUUCACACCUGUACUUAUGAAAACAGAUUUCAAGGUACACAGCAGUUCCUGAUGAGGGAAGGAGGGCAGCAGCUACAUCUGCACCUCCAGGCUGCAGUGCAGACACAGCAUUCUCCCAGUCCCUCUCCUUUCCUAAAGGAAACAUGCAGACUAAAGGAGAGAUGCACAGCUCAUAUUCAGUUGUGCUGCUCCUCCUUGCUGUGGAGGCACAGCCUUUGAGCAGUACUCAUCUUACCUCAAACAGGGUCAGCAAAAGGCAGCACAGAAGUGGCUUCAGAAAGCACAUGAGAUGACUUGGCAAACAGAAAGCCACUGGGGUGAAGCAGAGCUCUUCCCACCCCAAGUCCCAAAGCAGGGCAGGCCCAGGUCAUGGAGGUGAGUCCCCCUCCAGCUGCCCCUUCUCCCCUCCAGCCCCAUGGUUCGGGCACAGCUCCGGGCCCCACAUAGCAGCAGGUGCCCAUUCCCACAUCCCAUCUCACCUUCCUGGCUCCUCGCCUGGCAAAUUCCCGGGCCAGUUGGCGGCCGAUGCCACGUCCCCCACCUGUCACCAGCACGGUGUCCCCAGACAGGUCCCGUAGUUUGGGUGGCAGCAGAGCACAAACGGCAGCUUUCAGCACCAGGUAAAGCAUCUGCAUGGGGAGCAGCAGCACAGCGCCCAGCCAUUUCCAAACCAUCCUCUUGUUCCGGGUGAUGGGUGGCAAAACUCUCUUCCAACCCUUCACGAGACCAAGGGAACAGAGAUGGAAAGCCAGCACCCUUCAUGCACCCGCAGUUUACAGGAUGCCAGAAGAUCCUCAGCGAUGUCAACUUCACACUGCUGGUUCAGUCAGGCUGGUUUUGAUGAGUGUGCUGCUAAUAAGAGCGUGCCAAAAUGAAGCCAACCCCAGAGGCAAAAAUUCCUCCUGAAGUUGACCAGCCAUCAAAGCUCAGCUUCUAUAAUUGGCUUUUUACUAUGGUUGAAAUUCUGGCAAAUAAGUCAGCAAGUUUGGGUAUCUGCAAGAAGCACGUACUUAUCAGGAUGUUUUCUAACGGACUGAGGGCAUGGAGGGCUUCAGAGCUCCUCAUAAAGGAUCUGCACUUUGGUGAGGUGCCAGUGAGGAUCUACCUCCCAAGAUCACCAUCUGCCAGCAAACGGAGGGGAGUCGUCUUGUUCCAUGGAGGAUGUGGGAUGUACGGAAGCAUAAAAAGCCAUGAAAGAAUAUGCCAGCACAUAGCCAAAAAGUCUGAUUCCGUGGUGGUGUCAGUCGGGUACCGCUUGGCUCCUGAGCACAGUUUCCCAACCCAGAGCUUGGACUGUGUCACUGCCACCAUCCACUUUUUGAAGACUGCCAAGAACUAUGGCGUGGAUCCCCAUCAGAUCAUUGUAUGUGGGGACAGUGCAGGGGGCACUUUUGCAACAACUGCUUGCCAAGAACUUGUGAACAGAACAGACAUCCCGAAGAUACGUGCCCAGAUCUUGAUCUAUCCAUUCCUCCAAAGCUUGAACUUCAACCUGCCGUCUCACCAGAAGAGUGCUUCCAUUGGCUUGCUGUCCCUGGAACGGAUGGUCUGUUUCAUUCUGAUGUACCUGAGAAAGGAUUGCUCUUUGAUGGAAGCUGUCUUGGCGGGUUCUCACGUUCCUGAGAGCAUGAAUUUGAAAUAUGGGAAAUGGAUAGAUCCAGCUCUUAUCCCAGAGAAAUUUAAACAGGACUACAAGCCACCAUUACCUGCCUCAUACAUACCCCAGGUCCAUGAGGAAACGAAAGAAAUGUUUGAGACAAGGUUUUCACCACUCUUAGCAGAAGAUGCUGUUGUUGGCUGCCUACCUGACACCUGUAUUAUCACCUGUGAGCACGAUGUGCUCAGGGAUGAUGGGCUGCUGUACAAGAAGCGGCUGGAAGACAACAAUAUCAAGGUGACCUGGCACCACAUUGAAGAUGGCUUCCAUGGUGUGCUGUGCUUUUUGGGUUAUGGCAUUUUCUCUUUUCCCUCAGCAAGUAAGAUAAUGGAUCACAUUGUAAACUUUAUAAAAGGCUGUUAAAAAUGUCUCCUUCAAUACACUGAACUACUAUGCA